GCCUUCUCCGUUUUGAUGGCCGUGCCUAACUCGUCUGGUUCUGGUGUUGGUGAGUUUGCUGUCAGGUUUUUGAGAUGUGAAAAACAUGGAUUUUCCGUAUUCCUGUGUGAGAUGCUUUUUCACUGAGAGCCUGGAAAAUAACUUGGGGGUUUCUUGGGUUUUGGUGCUAAGUAAGUUUGUGGGAACCACCCAUCGGUACAAAGACAGAGCGCACAAUUAAAGUUCCCUUUCUUGACAAUUAAGAGAAGAUUUUAAAAGUGUCAAACAAAAUGCAAUAGUUGAGGAACCAGAGUGGUUGAAUGAAUUAAUUGCUUAUACAUUUAUUUUGGCACGAAGUGUAGAGGGGUGUGUGUGUGAAAUGUUUAUUUCUUCAAAACAGUAGGUAAUGAAAAUGCUUUUGAAAGUUAAUAAAGGUGUAGUAUAUGUAAUAACACUGGAGUACUAUCCAUGGAUCAGUGUGAAUUUUCAAUGCUCUUUCAGUUCACUUGCUUGGAAAACUCGGUUAUGUUUUGAUACCCAGGUGGACUAAUGAAGCAUAGCAGUAGAAAAUACGGUGCAAAACACAGGUGACUAUUGAGCUUAAUAUUUCAGUAUGCUGUAGAGAAACUCAGGAAUCUAGAAAAUGCUAAACUCAUAUAGGCUAAUUUGCCAUGCAGUAUUACGAUACUUUCGGGCAGCUGAUCAAAAUAAAGUUGAAUCAGAAAACAAUCAAACUUGUGUCAUAUGAUCAAAGUGUCAGAGAUUUAUCUAGAAAUAGAAACACAAGGAGCAUCCUUUAUUGCAUUUAGCAAAGAACUGGAGUAUCCUGCAUUUCUUUGUAAUCCUUUUCGCAUGCUGUUGUGGUUGUUUGUUUUUCUGCAAGCAUUAGUUUGAUGAAUUUUAGGAGCAUGAAUGAGAUUUUAAAUGCCCUGGAACACGCAAAGUGUUUCAUCUUGGACUGGUGAUUAUAAGUAUAGAUUCAGUUUUGCAGUUUGAAAUUAAAUUACUGUGGAGUCGUUUGCUCUUGGGGACAAGAAAAACCAGCAAUAAAAGCAUCUAAUGGAAUUUCUGAGCAAUACAAGUAGCCUUAUUUUAUUUUUUUGGAGCAUCCUCAGUACCCAUGACCAAGGUUGAUGGAGUGACACUCCUACUAGCUUUAGUAAGUUGCAUGUAAUUGUAGCAGGAGCCGCAUCAGAAUGCCAGGGGCAUAUAAAUUCCCCUGAGGCGUGCUUUUAGGAAGCCCCAGAACAUCUUGUCAUGAUGGUGUUUUCCUGCAUGCUCUCUCCAUUUCUGUGCAUAUGGUGUUUAUCAGUACUUUUAGACAUCCAUUCUGCAGCAUGCUUUUUUCUUUCCUGUCUUUUCAGAUGGUCACUUAGGCCUUUUAAAACUGUCCCUCUUGAGAAUAGAGGGAAGCAUCUGCUGUCUUCAGCAUCAGCUUUAUCCAAGAUAACACAUGGUUAUUAUAUAACGUAAUAUUUUUUUGUGGUGUUAUUUGAGUAGCAGAAUAACUGCAGGACUCUGCCUGAUUUAGGUUAAACUGAACACUUGAGAGAAAGAUGUACUAGGAAUUUACUAUUUUUACAUGCUUGCCAUUUUUUCUCGCGUGCUUGAGCUUAGGUAUUAUCUUUGCUCAUUUCAGGACUGCCUCUGAAUCGCAGUCCAGAAAGAAGAAACAAUCGUGUUGAUUUAAGUUGAACAUUUGUCUCUAAGAUUAAGAACAAAGCCAUGCCAGUGCUUUCGGAAGACUCAGGAUUGCAUGAGACUCUGGCCCUUUUGACGUCUCAGCUAAGACCCGAUUCAAAUCAUAAAGAGGAAAUGGGAUUCCUUAGGGAUGUCUUCAGUGAAAAGAGUCUCAGCUACCUGAUGAAGAUCCAUGAAAAACUCCGUCAUUAUGAAAGACAGAGUCCAACUCCUGUUUUACAUAGUGCAGCGGGAUUAGUUGAAGAUGUAAUAGAAGAAUUGCAGACCGCACCAGUGAAUAAUGAAGAAAAAGAGCUACUUCAGCUGUUGUCAACACCACAUCUCAGGGCAAUGCUUGUAGUACAUGACACCGUAGCACAGAAGAACUUUGACCCAGUCCUUCCACCUCUACCUGAUAACUUUGAUGAUGAUUUUGAUGAGGAAUCAGUGAAAAUCGUUCGGCUAGUGAAAAAUAAAGAACCCUUGGGAGCUACCAUCAGACGAGACGAGCAUACAGGAGCUGUGAUUGUAGCAAGGAUCAUGAGAGGUGGUGCAGCGGACCGCAGUGGUCUCGUCCAUGUUGGAGAUGAACUAAGAGAAGUCAAUGGUAUUACUGUGCUUCACAAACGACCGGAAGAAAUAAGUCAGAUUUUGGCUCAGUCUCAGGGAUCAAUAACAUUAAAAAUAAUUCCAGCUAUCAAAGAAGAAGAUCGUCUAAAAGACAGCAAGGUGUUUAUGAGGGCGCUUUUCAGCUAUAAUCCCAAAGAAGACAGAGCCAUUCCUUGCCAGGAGGCUGGGCUGCCGUUUAAGAAACGACACAUCCUCGAAGUUGUAAGCCAAGAUGAUCCCACGUGGUGGCAAGCAAAGCGUGUUGGCGAUACCAACCUCCGAGCAGGCUUGAUCCCCUCAAAACAGUUCCAGGAAAGACGAUUGACUUACAGAAGAACAAUAGGCACUUUGCAGAAUCCCAGAACUGUGAAGAAACCAUUAUAUGACCAAUCUUCUGAUAAAGAAGACUGUGACUGUGAAGGAUAUUUCAACGGACAGUACAUAGCUGGCUUACGCAGGAGCUUUAGAUUAAGUCGUAAAGAGAAGGAGAACAAUGUGAAUGAAGGAAAGCCAGCAGAGCAGGCAGAUGCAGCAGAGCUCCUAACGUAUGAAGAGGUCAUGAAAUACCAGCAGCAGCCUGGUGAACAGCAGAGGCUGGUGGUUUUGAUUGGUUGUUUGGGGGCCAAGUUAAGUGAGCUCAAGCAGAAGGUUGUGUCAGAGAAUCCACAGGAGUACGGUGUUGCAGUUCCACAUACAACCAGGUCAAAGAAAAGUCACGAGAAAGAGGGAGUAGAAUACAAUUUUGUCUCUAAGCAAUCAUUUGAGACAGAUGUGCAGCAAAACAAAUUUGUGGAACACGGAGAAUACAAAGAGAAUCUGUAUGGUACAAGUCUUGAGGCAAUCCGGUCUGUGAUGGCCAAAAAGAAGGUUUGUUUGGUGGAUGUGGUACCUGAAGCAGUAAAGCACUUGAGGACUCCCGAGUUUAAGCCUUACGUUAUCUUUGUGAAGCCUCUCAUUCCAGAAAAGAAAAAACACGUCCUAAAAUCUCCCACAGAAGAAAUCUCAGCCCCCCUUGAUGAAGAACAGCAGGAAAUUAUUAAUUCAGCAGCAUUCAUUGAAGAGCAGUAUGGCCAUUUAAUUGACACUGUACUGGUGAAAGAAGAUCUCCAGAGUGCGUGUAAUCAGCUGAAAACUGUGUUAGAGAAACUAAACAACGAUUCCUUUUGGGUGCCAGUCAGCUGGGUUAGGUCGUAGCUUGUUAUAAGCUGUUUAAGGGAAAGAUUGUGUAAAAAUGUCUUGUAAAUAUAUGGAUUAGAAAAGGGAAGUAAGUCAAAGUCACGUCAAAGCUGCUGGUCUAUCUAGAAGGUCAUACAUAAAGACUGUGUGAGAAAAACUAAACAAAGUCAGAAGCUGGCACUGCCUUCCUGAAUCAAAAUCUUGGAUAGCAGUUGUCAUUUAAAAGUGAAUACUCAGACUAAAGAGAUCAGUAAAACGCUGGGGUGACUUUUAGGCUGUAAAUAGUGCAUUUUGUACAGUAAAGGUUCACAGAGGGUGCCCAGGCUUCCAAAACGUUUAAGUAGUACUGGAACACUAACCAGCUGGAAUUUUCAUCUUUUGACCACGAAUUCUGUGGCUAGUUAAGGCAUCUUACGGUACUUUUCAGGAACCAGUAUGCUCACAGAGGCAGCUACUUCAGCUAGGUGGGAGGGAUGGCCUGGGGAGGGUGCUUCUACCAUCUCAGUGACUCAAAAGCUCAACUGGCUGUCAGGCCAGCAAAACGUGUUUCCCUUUGCUCAGGAUCAUGCGUUGCAAAUCCUUUCCAAUUAGGCACUAAAACUAGGCCAGUUGUAUGUGGUAGAUAUUUUAGUGCUUGAGAGAUGGGUUGGGUUUCUUUUACGUUCCGUCCCACGUUUUCCAAUGCCUCCAAGUUGUCUGGUUGCAGGUAUUAAGUCUGCUCAGCCAGAGCUUGUGCCCACUUUCCCAGUCUCUUCCUCCUGACAUAGGACAAAUGUUAAACAACCUGUGGACACACCUGCAUGACGAGCUGGCUCGUAAGCCAGAGAAAUUUUUUAAUCUCUAUGAAAAUAAAUGCAUAAACUUAAAAUAGGACUUUUAAGAAGCUUUUUUUCUACUAGACAUCUUUGCAAAUGCCACCUGAUGGGACACCACCUUGACACCAACGUAGCAGCUCCAAAAAGAGCACCAAAAGGAGGAGGCUGAAGUAGGCUGAGCUACAGGUCCAAGUCAUCAUCCUUCCAGCAUUUAUCACUACCUUUGUUCCAAGCUGGGCAGAGGCUUCCAGAACAUCUUAAUUGGCUACAUUGAGUCCUGAAGAAGAAAUCUUAACUGUUAGAGGACUUUGUAUGUUCAAGUCUCCUGAAAUAUAUACAGGAUAUUUAGAUGGGGGUUAAGAAGAAAAUGCAGAGGGAUGGUUCUGGAAGCUUUGUUAUUAUUUGGGAAAAAAAAUUGACUGUUGUACAGGUGCAUGUUAGCUGAAACUAGUUCCUGUUUUCCAUUGCUUGUGCUGAGGUCUGAUUGUUCCGCUGUGCUGUGCCCUUUAACAAGACCCUCUGGUGUACCAGUCUGGUUCCUUGCAUCUGAACAGUAUGAUGUUAUUCUUGUCCCGCUGCGUUUAGCAAAACUAACACCACUGCCUAUUAAAAAUACAUUUCUUUUA